AUGUCAAAAAUAACGCCCAAAAACCUCUCCUAUGACAGUACCCUCCCGCCCUUCCUCGCGCGCCUCCAAGAAAGCAACGCCUCUUCAGGCGGCCGCAACGAAUUCCAAGCCGCGCGCCCCAAGAAAGCGCGGACAGCGGAAGACGAGGCUGAGGAUGAGCCUGUGUAUUUCGAUGAGGGGAGCGGAGAGACGUUGACGAAAAGCGAGUGGGAGGAGAGGGAAGCUAGGGAAGAAGGAGAAGGAGAAGGAGAAAAAGAAGGAGCUGUGGAGGGGAAGAAGAUGGAUGCAGAGGGGGCGAGGGAGAAGACUGCCGCUGCAGUUGCUGUUGCGGCAAUUGGGGCAGCGAAGAAGAGGAAAGUGGGAAGGAUUGUCGGGGGCGAUGAGGAUGAAGAGGAAAACACCACAAAGCUUGCUAGUAAAACGAGCACGAAAGACAAGAUUUCGAAGGCAGGAGAGGGCAAGAAGGGGGAUGCUGCUAAAGGCAAGGGCAUGGGCAUGGGCAAGACUGCGAAGAAAGGGAAAAAGAUCAAGCUUAGUUUUGGGGAUGAUGAUUGA